GUGUACCACAGUUAUUUUUCACUGUGGUAGUCUUUCCCACUCCCUAAAAGGUUGGCUUACUUCAGUUCAGAAAUGUUUCAACAGGAAAAUAGCACGUGCUUCCUAAUGAUAGAUAACUAAACUAUAACUUAUAUAGCAAAUGAUUCAAAGUCUAAAAGAAAAAGAAAAACACUGAAUAUUGGAAUAGUUAUUCUCAUUUCUGUCUGCGUAUUUUGUGACUUCACUUGUGGUUGUAAGAGGGAAGACACUUUGAAUAAUUCAAAAAACCAACCUUGCAUUUCAGUCCAUAUAUCAAGUGAUGGUGAAAAAAAAUCCUAGAUGAGAUUUUUUAAGCUAUUGCUGCACCCUUUACUCUGACUAUUAAUACUUUAAAUCCCCCCGUUCUGUUGGUAGGGCAGAGUUUAGCAUUCUCCAAGACAUUUCACAGGGUUGGAGCACACAAAGACAGGGUUCUUUGAAUCUGGGGAACCAUUUCUAUGUUUAUUUUCCCAAAUUAUGCAUCCCUCCUGAGAGAACUGAUGACCCAUUUUCAGCUUUGAGACUGGGAUGCUUUUUAAAAAUUGCCUGCCAUUCCCUCUAGCAAGGCUCCCAAGGCAUUUGUGAGAAAAACAGGCCCACAGCAUCACAGAUCUUUCCCCAUACUUAACAGGAGUCUGCUGAACUGCUUUUCCAUGCAUUCAUCCUCUAUUUCAUGGUUUGUUGCUGAUAGGGUUCUGGGUAAAGCCCCACUAGCAUUUAGCAAAGUACACGUUCCUAUAACUGUGAUGGUAGGACAUAAAGACCUUUUUUUUCUAAAGCUAGGUACAGACUACACACAUUUUUACUCGACUGUAUCCCCAAUUCCCAGUCGGGGAAAGUCUGCAUCAGUCUGAAGUAACUGCAGUGAGCGGAGAGUGGGUGUAAAAGUCUGAAAAUGUGAGACAAUGUGAAGACUAGAGUCUGCAAGUGUGUGAGGGGAACCAACCCGGGCUUAGUCGCAGUCAAGCAAAUACUAUGUUUGAAUUUUUUGAGGCGCUUCUGAAUGCAGUUUGGUGGGGUGAACUGCUAACCAAACCAACCUUACACAUAGCUAUAUUCUUAAUGUAAUCAGCAUAAAAUAAGUCUCAAUUAAUUAAUUUAGGUUAUCUGCAAUUGUGGAAAUCCACACCUUGCACUUUCACACUUUAAAGUGAUAGCUCUCCGAACCUGUUGUACACAUCAUAACAGUGAGUUUUGUAGGACAGGGAAAGGCUACCAGAUUAUCUUUGUUUUAGCCAAUUUUAGUCAUUUAACCCCUUAAAUAGCAUAUAUUUGUUCAUAUUUGAUACACUGGGCUUUUGUAAAUUAUGCCGUUAUCAGCAGCACCCUCCAGCAGGGGACCCCCUAAGCACCCUCUUAUACGGUCUAUGUCAAAGCGGGCUCUGUUUCUUAUAAUCGCUUCUCAUGAAGAUCAGCAUAAAUUCUGCAUUACUUCAAUAACGUGUAGUUAAAAGAAAUGGGUCUUUGCGCCAUAUGAUAUUUAUGCCCGGAUAAAACUGAAAGUCCUGAUUAAAUAGUCAAAGACUCCUAGAAACCUGAUAAACUCAAAAGUAAAGUAAAACACGGCUGAACAGAAUAGUUUUAAAAUUUUUUAAAAGAUCUUUAAGGUGUGGCAAGAAGUGUAUCAUCAACAAUUUCCUUUUAAAUAACUAUUUCAUAAUGUGUUUUUUUUUUUCUUUCAUCUACUAAAUAAAUGUGUUUAAAUUAGGAAUUUGGGUUUUUACUAGAACAGAGUAUUUAAACCACCUUGACCUACUGCUCUUACAAUGUAUCUCUAUAUCACUUUUCCUCCUCCCAUUUAAACCAUGCCAUACAAACUAGAAAAAUAGCUGCACUUAUUGAGUUUGAAUGAUGACCUUAUUUGUGACAGUUUUUUGGAUGUGUGGGUGUAUACAUUUACAAUCGAUAGCCCGCCAUGCCCUCUAAGAAGGAAACUACCAUUCCCAUCAGGCUCAGCUGACCUGGUUUCAGGACAGAGUGGGGUGCUGUUAUCAUGUCACCACUUGUUCUGAUCUCAAGUCGUUGAUAUGCAGUGGACGUCCUGCCACUGCUCAUUCUGCAGGCCUGGCGAUCGUUCUGUCAAUCAGAUCCAAGCUUUGCUGAACCUAACUGAACAUUGCUUGGACUCUCCACCUCUUGUGUUCUUGGAUCUUUUCUGGUCCAUGCAGAACGCUCCCUCUCUUCUCCUUCUCUUCUCCCUCUCUUCUCCCUCUCUUCUCCCUCUCUUCUCCCUCUCUUCUCCCUCUUCCUCCUUCUGUUUGGCACAAAAGGAAGUGGGAACCAGUUGGCACUUCAAUUUCCUUACUGUACUGAUUGUGGCAAAAUGGCAGCUCCUGCUUCCUCUGUCCUCCUUGCUGUGGUUCCCUCACCCUCUCCUGAGAGAAGUAACCCAGAUUUCAAAAUGAAUCGCCGCCUAUUCCCCUCAAUCUUUCUCCUCUCUCUAGCUCUCUCUCUCUUCAUCUAUUUUUUCCUACUCUCUCUUUCUCCCUGAUUCUCUCUCUAUCUCUCAUCAUCUUCCUCGUAAAACAGAAUCAAUCUUGGAAAGAGAAUACCACCUCUCCAUCCCGUACUCCUACUCACCCUGCCUCUGGGUUAACGGAUAUAUACCGCUUCAAUCCUCCGUAUUUGCCUCUUUGAGAAUUUGAACUAGUCAAAUUGCCUGUUGCGCUCAUUUGAAGGUUUUUUUUUUUGUUCUUUUUCGUUUCUUGAGCUGCUUUUUCUCUCCUACCCAUUGGUUUUUCUGGCUUCUCUACCUCUUUUUGGGGGUUUGUUUCUUUUUGUUUUUUUCCUGUUUGAGUUGAUCUGCUACAGGUGCACCCAGAUUUUUAAUUGAAGGCAUUCAGGCGAAGAGUGAAGGAGAGGACGAGGGGACAACUGUCACUGGCGACAAUUUUCUUCAGAAAUACCCCAGACUAAGCUCUCAGCCUCCUCUUGCCACAUCUCACAGACAUCAUGUCCACCCCGGUGUCCCCUUCCCCAUCCCUCUCCCCCCUGACACUGGCCUCCCCCACAUCACCAUCCUCCGCGCUGCCUUCGCCCCUCUCCCCUCCGCCCAGGGUGCCCGUGUUUCAGAGGAAGGGAGCACUCAAACACAAGAGGAUUGUCGAGGUGAAAGACCAUCAGUUCACAGCACGCUUCUUCAAGCAGCCCACCUUCUGCAGCCACUGCACCGACUUUAUAUGGGGUAUUGGCAAGCAGGGAUUCCAGUGCCAAGUUUGCAGUUUUGUGGUCCAUAAAAGAUGCCACGAGUUUGUCACCUUCACAUGUCCCGGAUCUGUGACUGCCCCCAGGCCCGAAGACCUGAAAAGUCGACACAUGUUUAAGGUCCACACAUACUCCAGCCCCACGUUCUGUGAUCACUGUGGAUCACUGCUGUACGGACUCAUACACCAGGGCAUGAAAUGUACCAGUUGCGACAUGAACGUCCAUCGGAGAUGCGAGACCAGCGUUCCCAGUCUGUGUGGACAGGAUCACACAGAGAAAAGAGGCAGAAUCCACCUGACAAUCAGAGGAGACAAAGAGGAUAUCUACGUCACAGUUCGGGAGGCUCGCAAUCUCAUGCCUAUGGAUCCGAAUGGCUUAUCAGACCCAUAUGUAAAACUAAAACUGAUUCCGGACCCGAAGAGCCACAGCAAACAGAAGACUAAGACCAUCCGCUCAACACUCAAUCCUGUCUGGAAUGAGAGUUUCACCUUUUCAGUGCGGGGCAACCAGUGGGACAGGCGUCUGUCUGUGGAGGUGUGGGACUGGGACCGGACGUCCAGGAAUGAUUUCAUGGGAGCGCUGUCCUUCGGCGUCAGCGAGAUCUUCAGACGUCCUAUUUGCGGGUGGUUCAAGCUGCUUGCACAGGAUGAGGGGGAGUACUACAACAUCCCUGUGCCAGAUCCAGAUCUGCAGGAACCUCAGCCAGACGUGACAACGCCCUCUCUGCCUCCGGUGUUGGUCGCCCCAGUGCCUGAGCCUUUUCCCGUGGUCCUGUCCCCGACCCCUGUCCCGUCCUGCCCGCCCAUGCUCUCUCCUGUUCCCGGCAAAGUCAGAGUGGGAAUGCACGACUUCAACUUCCUCAUGGUCCUGGGCAAAGGCAGUUUUGGCAAGGUGCUGCUGGCAGAGGAGCGAGGCAGCGAGCGCCUGUUUGCAGUGAAGGUCCUUAAAAAGGACGUUCUCUUCCAGGAUGAGGACACGGAGAGUGCUCUGGUGGAGAGGAGGGUUUUGGCUCUCCCCUCUCGUCCUCACUUCCUUACUUCGCUCUAUUGCGCCUUCCAGACCGAGGACCGUCUAUAUUAUGUUAUGGAAUAUGUCAACGGUGGAGAUCUGAUGUUUCACAUUCAGCAAGUCGGGAAGUUCAAAGAGCCACAUGCAGCGUUUUAUGCAGCAGAGAUUGCAGUUGGCCUCUUCUUCCUCCACAGCAAAGGCAUCAUCUACAGAGACCUAAAGCUGGAUAAUGUGCUGCUCGACAGCGAGGGCCACAUAAAGAUCGCUGACUUCGGGAUGUGCAGGGAGGGCAUGUUCGGGGGCGACACCACUCGCACGUUCUGCGGCACGCCGGACUACAUCGCCCCUGAGAUUGUGGCUUAUCAGCCCUAUAAUAAAGCUGUGGACUGGUGGUCUUAUGGAGUACUGCUGUAUGAAAUGCUGGCAGGACAGCCACCGUUUGAUGGCAUUGAUGAGGAGGAGCUGUUUCAGUCCAUCAUGGAGCAGAGUGUCUCCUACCCCAAAUGUCUGUCUCGGGAAGCUGUUGCUGUCUGCAAAGGACUCCUCACGAAGCACCCUGCCAAGCGUCUGGGUGGAGGAGAGGAAGCUGAAAGGGAGAUCAAGGAGCAUCCAUUCUUCCGUUGGAUAGACUGGGACCGCCUGGAGAGACUGGAGAUACAGCCGCCGUUCAUACCCAGAACCGGCGGGAGAAAAGGCGAAAACUUUGACAAGUUCUUCACAGCGGCCCCAUCCGUCCUCACUCCAUCGGAUCCAGAUGUGCUCGCAGCCAUCAACCAGGAGGACUUUCAGGGAUUCUCCUUCCUCAACCCAGACUUUGCUCCCUCGCCUCUCACAGCUAUUUGAAAACUGCCCCCUCCGGGUUGUCCCUGUUAUUUAUCAGAUAGUAGUUUUCUAGCGGAGAGAGAAAACAUGAGAAAUAGCAAACAAUUAUUUCACCUCUUGUAACCAAAUUCUGACGUUUACAUUAAAAUGCCAAGACCCUUUGAUAAUCCCUCAUGUUCUAUUGCUGCAUGUGUAUCGAACAAGGCAGUAUUAUGGUUUGCCACACUAGAGUUUUUUUCUUUUUUUAUAUAAGAUCUAUCUUAACUUGCUGUAAGAUUAUUGUAGUGUCAGACAAAUAAAUGAAUCUCUUUGCAUGCAUAAUUUUUAUAGAGCUAGAAGGAAGAUAAAAGUCCUCAGUUGUCUGAAUAGGCAGUUUACCAGUGGCAUCUUUAUUCUCACAGCUACACAGACAAUAUAAUGUGCAAAAAAAAAAAAA